AUGGCGACUCUCGCAGUCUCCGCCGUGACGAUUAAAGAUAGAUCUGAGAGUGAGGCUGACGAAGAGGAAUGGCGAAAACAGAGAGAGACAGAGUUCGUAAUAACUGAAGUGAGCAACGUAUUAAUGGCGAGUGAGGGUGAGGUAACACAAGGAAAAUCAAAAGCAAUUUGGGAUCCACCAACACAUGAGAAAUGGAUUGAUUUAGUUGUAGAACAAGUGAGAGCAGGUAAUAGAAAUGGAUCACAUUCGAGCAAAUUAGGUUGGAAAAAUUUUAUUGAAAAAUUUAAUCUUGCUACAAAAAGAAAUUAUGAUCGAAAGCAAAUGAAAAAUCAUUGGGAUAAUGUUAAAAAAGAGUGGCAACCAUGGGAUUCAUUACUUAGAGGAGAGACUGGACUUGGUUGGGACAUACAGAGGCAAACAGUUGAUGCUCCAGAUGAAUGGUGGGAUGCAAAGUUACAAAAAUAUCCGGAUGCUGCUAAAUUUCGAGUGAGAGGUUUAGAACAUUCUUUCAAACUGGAUGAGUUGUUUAGAGAUGUUACUGCUACAGGAGCUAGAGCUUGGGCACCAACCUCUGGUUCACUACCUCCUUUAUACACCGAGGAUCAUAAUGAUAUAGAGAUUGAUGAGAAUUUGGAGGAAAGUGAUCAUGAGGGAGUGGGUGAUCCAAUGAAAAAAGAGACUAAAUUACUUGGUCCAAAUAGAAAGCAAUUUAAGAAGGGAAAAAAGAAUAAUUCUACAACAUCAAAGUUGUCCAAACAACUUGAUGAGAUUUGUGAGGCGAUCAAAAAUAGGAGUUCAUACAUACGUACCGAUCCACCGGGAUGUAGUGUUCAAGAAGUUAUCGAUAAGUUAGUUACACUUCCAGGUUGUGAACCAAUGAGCCCUCUUUUCAAAGUUGGUACUUCCUUGUUCACAAAGAAAGCAAAUAGGGAAAUUUUUGAAGCUUUGAAGGAGCCUAAAUAUCAAAUUGAAUGGCUGAAAGAACAAAAGUUCGAUUUCUAA